UCUGGAGAAAUAGAUAGAAAAAUAAAUAUGAAUCUCAUGUUUAAGCCUAACACGGCUAAACAGACAAUGUCCCUGGGACGUAGCUUCGUGCGCAACUCAGGAAUAGUAGGAAGGACCUUUGCCUCAGCAACAAGGCAAAGUCCAAUUGACCUUAAGCCUGAAGAAGUUCAUGCUGAAAUUGACAUCAAUCUCUCCACCCAAUACAGAGAUAUCGAGAACGGAAAGCUUAACUUAGACGGUAGAGCUUUGAUCACGUACUACGAUGGCGGAAACAUGAACUUUAAAUCUUACCAUACGACUUCUGAAUGGCAAUCACUGCAAUUCCACUUCCACGCUCCUUCUGAACAUACUAUUGACGGAAAGUAUUAUGACGCUGAAAUGCACAUGGUCUUCCAGGGUAUCACCCAUAAGGAAGAAUUGGCUGUUGUCGGAAUCUUGUUUGAAGCUUGUGAGGAUGCUCCUAAGGACCAAUUCCUCGAGAGUCUUCAACUCCAUAAGUUAGCCCAGCCUUCUAGUGAAACUGAAAUCGCCCAUGCCUCCCCUGGAAACUUGUUUGACAGGGUUGGCAGUGACGAGAACUUCCAUUACCAAGGAUCACUCACCACUCCCGAUUAUGAUGAAUGUGUUCAAUGGUUCGUCUUUGACAAACCUUUGAAGGUCCCUCCAAGUCAGAUUAAAGAUAUGGAGGAAUUCUGGAGUGAUAUGAAUUGUGAGGGAUGUGUCCAAGGUAAUGCUAGACACUUGCAAACCGUCGGUAGCAGAGUCAUACAUAAGGUCAAACAUACCUGUAAAGGCAGAGUCAGCUAA